AGGUAGACUAACACCGUGAACGAUACAUAAUGUCUAUCUUCGCGUUUUUUUUGUAUCUUGAUCUUCAGAUUGUAGUUUUCUUGACGUACGAUUUUCUGUAAAGAAACGUCAGCAGAUCCAGACAGUGAGUCGGUCUAUUUUUCAAGAAGCAUUGCGACGGAGAAGAUUGUGCCGUGCCAGUACAAGAACUGGAGGCAAUACAGCUAGAGUUGCCGCCCGACGUGCCGGUCGAUCCUAAAGCACCAGAGCCAAAAAUGGUUGUCGCCGCCGCGCCGAGUCACCCAGCCGCCGCGGCAGCGACCCCAGCUGCGGUGGCUGGGGUCGCUGCGGUGGAGGAACUUGCAAACGAACCUUCCGGGGGAAACAAACCUUCGCGCAUUGCUUCGCUGCAGAGUUUCUGGAAGCAAAAGGAGCAAAACAAGCAGGAGAUGAAUUUCCACCAGCAUAAAAAUACUGCGCGGGGGAGAAGUAGGACUUUUACCGGAGAUGAUCACAACAACUGCUACGCGGGUUCCCGGUCGCCGGAGAAAAAAAUGCCGACAACUGCAAUAAAAGCGACCGCAUCCAUCUCCUUGAAAAACAACAGAAAUCAGGCGCAACGUGAGAAGCACAAGCGCGUCGACGACGAUGAGUGUUCUUCUACCAGCACGGAGGAAUUUGAUUCGGACACCAUGGACCACCAGGAAAGCGGUGGCACAACAUCCCUGAAGCCGGGCAGUUCUUUUUCUUCGCACCCCACGACCGUGGCUUCCACGAGCGCCUCCUCAACCACGACCAGCGCAAACAAUUCGAUCGCGGUAUGGUAUUGCAAAGUGUCCCCACGACGACCCCAGAACUUCGCAGAGUUGAUUUGUAGUGCAAAACCCCGCAAUGGAAACACUCCUCACCUUGCAUGUGAGAGCAUCACAGAAUUUUCCAUGCUGACUAGCUAAAUAAAUUUGCGUUGCAAGAAAAGAGCCCAGUAACAGCCGGAUCUUUUACAUACUCAAAACAGACUUGCGCGCCAAGAUUUUGCAUCAGAGAGUCUCAUACCCCUUUCAUGCAAGAAGACAAAAAGUUCACAUUUGGAAACUAUGCAGCAGAAACUUUUGCAAUUGCAUCUCCCGGCGUGGUGGGGGCGCCUUUCAUUGUAAUAAACAGGCGGCAGGAGCACCAGCAGCUACUCAAGGGAGCUCCAGGCGGAGAACUUCUACUAUAGCAAAUCUUCGGGUGUAGUCCCUCCGACAGGACCACCACGACCUGGUGAAUCUUGUAGUUCUAGUACAACAUCCUCGUCUACCACCUCCGCUGCGUCCGGUUGUUCCGGCUUCCGGAACCACGCGACCGCGACGUCGUUUCGUGCCGCGCGGCCCGGUGGAGGUGGAGUAGUCGUUGCGGGCUCCACCUUGAGUUCUUCGGCCUCGUCCUCCAGGACCAGUAGCCGGGCGACCUCGCGCAAGCCGUCAGGAUAUGGAUUGCAAAAAUGUCUGGGUCUGGAAACUUGUAAUGCUAAAAGUGAAUGAUAGACUGACGCACUGCAAUACGCAGUUAUGCAUGACAAAUUUUUUGGCUGCCAUCUGUUGCGUAUUCCGCAUAGCAAACUGCGUUUCUGCAUGACAGGCAAGAGGGCCUGUUCGUGCCUGUGCAACACAGAUUCCCGAGUCUUGCCAGACAAGCAUGACAGACUUGCAUUCUUCCAGACCCAGACAUAUUUGCAGUUGAUACAGGGACAACAACAAGUAAUCGCGGUCCGCUGCACGACGCGGAUCCGGCCGCGUUUCGGAAAACGAUGCUGCUCCGUAAGGACGUCGCCGUCGACUGGACGGAGCUCACCAGCGACUUGGAAGAGUCCGUGCGUGCCUCGGAGUUAUCAACUGCAAAAGUGUCUGGGUCUGGAAGAGUGUUAAACUUGUCAUGCAGGUUUUCCAUGACCCAUGAGGUCUGGAAUGCGGGACCUAGCAUGACAGAUUCUGUGAGAGUUCUAUCGUGCCUAUCCUGCAUGAGAAACUGCCGCUCGAUUAGGUCAAAAGUGGGCAGCUUUUGGUAAUCACGCAACACAGAUUUUUACAUGAUCCAGAUUUAGCAUGACAAGCUGCUUUGUUCCAGACCCAGACAUUUUUGCAUUUGAUACGAGUACACCCUAGACGACUUUGACAUCGGGAAGCUGCUUGGCCGUGGAAAGUUUGGCAACGUCUACGUCGCGCGGGACCGCCUCACCGGCUUCGUGGUCGCUUUGAAGGUAUAAAGUAGUUACGGUUAACUUGUCGAUGUCGUUGCCCAAGCCCACCGCAUGUUCUAUCUAGUAGUACCUCACAUGUAGUUGUAGUUGUACUAGAAAUACAGCAGAUGAAGUAUUUGUGUAUGAGUCGGAUAUUAGAUCAAACACGUGGUAACCAGAUCCUCCACAAGGCGCAAUUGGUGAAGCACGGGGUGUGUAGCAACCUGCGGCGGGAAAUCCUGAUCCAGGCGCACCUGCGGCACGAGAAUUUGCUCCGUCUCUACACCUACUUUUUCGACGAAGAAAAGAUCUAUCUGGUGCUCGAGUGCGCCAGCGACGGCGAGCUGUACGGCGUGCUGGGAAAGAACGGCAACCCCGAGCGGCUUCCGGAGCCCCUGGCCGCGCACUACUUCCGCCAGAUGGUACUCGCGCUGCAGGCCUGCCACCAGAAACACAUCAUCGUAUGCAAAGGGAAACGAAACUUCUUUUGCGCAGUUUCGUGUGGGUGCAUGCUGCCAAGGACACGAAGUCGAUUGACAUCCUGGUUCGCGUGUUUAGGCAUGCGAUGAGAUGAAAUAAUAAGAAGCUACACUAGAAGUAGACCGCAUGGUCAAGGGUUUUGAAUAGGUACUUUACGUCAGCAAAAGACUGGCGUUUUGUUAAUGCGACUGACAUGAUGCUUGCGCAAAGGCAAACAUUCACAUUGACCGCGUAGUUGUACUUAUGAUCAAUAAUUUUCGUGUCUACUGCUGCCCUAGAAACUACAUCCGCGCAAUCGAUUUCUUUCACUUUGAUACACCCAUCGAGACAUCAAGCCGGAGAACAUUCUUGUGUCCAAGACGCCGGACGGCAGAGGUGUUUUUUUGUUUUCAUCGAGAAUACCAACAUGAUGCCAAGAACAUUCAUGCGCUGGUUGAUGUGGUCGUGGUGCGAUGCGAUCAACAUGAUACUUUACUUUGUCUUACGGUACAGAACAAAAAAAUGAUCCGCACCAUGAUGAAAGAAUGCAAUGACAAACGAACCACAGAAGUGCUGAAGCUGGCCGAUUUUGGGUGGAGUGUGCACCUGCGCGAUGAGAGCGAGCGGCGCCUGACGCUGUGCGGAACGCUGGACUACCUUUCCCCGGAGAUGUGCAGCAAGCAACGACAUGCGUAUGGGGUAGACGUCUGGGCGCUGGGCAUCUUGCUGUACGAGUUAUGCAUCGCAAAAGCAUAUAGCAUCGUGCUCGUACGAGUACAAAUUGCGAUACUUACUUGAAAAGAAAAAUGAAAUAUCCAUACAGAUUCAGAAACAAAAUCAAAAUCAAAUGAAUCUGUCAUGCAACAAAACUGCAAUUUAGUUUAGUAUACGAUACCCACGAGUGCGAUAGUAAAAACUUUUGCGCAGCAUACGAGUUUUUGAUGGGCAAUUGUCCCUUCGAGCGCCGGGGCGAUGCGGAGCGCGACGACACGCAAGCGACGUUCUACGCGAUUCAAAAAGAGGCGCCCCGGUUCGACCAGCGACGCGUCUCUACGGAAAGAAGCGAGAAAAUAGUCAGUCGUAGGAACUACUACAAUUGGUGCCCACUGGAAUUCACAACUUUACUGGAACCUAUGUACCAUCAUGUCGUUGUUCCUGAUUCUGGCAUGAUUCAUCAUCUUUGCAAAAAUCUCCAUGAUCGAGCUUGGGUUCUUCUUGCGAGUCGCAAAGCUGUUAAGAACUGAAAAAUAGAUUUGUUACGUCCCCGGUUUGGUGUAGACAUCAGAGGACGUAGAAAUUUGAUGGGCAGCACAACAAGGAGUCCACGACUAGAGCUUAAAAUUUUUUUCCCACGAUAAGGACGGACGACCUAGUGCCCAUCGAGCCGGAUGAGGAACCAACAGACGAAGCCAAGGAUCUGAUCCUGCAGUUUUUGGCGAAAGACCCGGAAAAACGGAUCUCCCUGGAGGACGCGCUGCGGCACCCGUGGCUGGUCCGCCAUUGCGGGAUGUAA